AUGGGGCUCGAGGCAGGGGCAGCCAUCGCGCUGAAGACCAAGUUGAAUUUGAGUGGGGCUGAUCAAAAGUGGGGCCUGAUAUUCAGGGCGGCGUGGGCUCAGCAAGCAGGAAAUGACGGCGGGUCGCAUUCCGGUUUCGCCAUUCAUUGGAAGACGGCAAGUGGCCACAUGCGCCGAGAUUCCUGCAAUAAGCCGUGGAAUUGCCACUACCUCGCAAGGUUGGCAGACACGUCGUCGAAUUUGGUUAUCUACUUCAACACGGACCCAGGCAUGGCUCCCAUGGCUCAGCUCGAUUUAGACUGGUGGAUCCCAUCGGCGCAUUACCAGAGCGAAAUGGUCCUCCCAGUCAUGCCCACAUUGUGGAAGUUUGCGUUCAAGGGCAAGGAGGCUUGGAAUAUGACGUCCAGAUGCGACAGAGGAGGUGCCAGCAAGGGCCGCGAGUUCAUGUCCGACGACGCUUUUUGUUCGGCCGCAACUUCGAGAAUCUGGAUUGCGGAGUCUUUCUUGACCGAGCAGAAUGGCGCGAAGGAGAGUAUGACGGUUUGCCCCGCGAUCCGAUUUUCUGCCACGUGCAAGCGCUACAUUCACGAGACAGAUUUCGAAUGCAGCAACGAGGGCGCCAUGCGUCUGCUCGACAACUUGAGCGAGAUCGGCCCGUCUCUAGCCAAAGGCCAGGCCUGGUUGGCGCGGGAAUUGAGCGGGCUGGCGAUUUCCGACAGUCCUGGAACGAAUUCGAUUCAGGCGCUGAGUUGCGGGCAGUUCCUUAAGCGCGAGAUGCUGUUCCCGUGGGACCUCGCAGAUGAGCACUUCUUCGCCGCCGAAGUUUGCGACGACCUCGGCGCUCGGCUGAUGGGCGAUCCCCGGGGCAAAGUGAUCUGCGCAGGCGCGGCCUCGCGCUGGGCGAAGCUCAGGGGCUUGCCAGACGCGCGCGCGCAUGAGCGCAGAAACCGCGAGCCGGAGGAUAACGACAUCAAGCUGGACGUUCAUCCGCGCAUGUCGAAGGGCGGCGCGCGGUUCGACCCCGAGAUGGGGCUGUUCUCCGGCGCCGAGCGCGACGGCAGAUGCGCGGCGCAUGCCGCGCGGCCAGCUCGCGGCAAGAGGCAGGCCGAGGACCGGCAGAUUGCAGCGCUGAAAGGCGCAAGCAAUUCCAUCGACAGCAGGCCGCGGAGCGACGCUGCGUCGACGGGGCAGGCCUUUGCGGGCCGGGCUGAGAUGGAUGGGGCCUCGCUCAUUGUUCGGGCAGAGCGCCGAAUUCAUCCGGGGCGGUCGCAGAGAAAGUCCAUCUUGGACAUGGAGACGCAACAGCUCACGGUGACCAACCCCGACCGGCGCAUUGGAUUGCUGCCGGAUGUUUUCGAGCCCGCCCGUUUUAUUGUGCACGUGGACGCGCGCGGGGCCUACAUCGAAGAGCUCAGGGGAACCCUCGUGGCCCACCGCUUGGCAGUCCGCGGGGUAUUCGACCAGGCCACAGCGAAGCUCGAGGGCCUCCAGCGGGACCACAUCGACCAGCAGGAGCGGCUGUUGCGCCGGCUCCGCGGCGGGAGCUCGGGCGCGCCGGGCGCUCCUGAUGAGGGCGAGGCCUCAGAGCUGGAAGGGAUACAGGCCUCGCUGCCCCUGUCGUGGAGUACGCUCGAGGCGGACGCUGCCCGCAAGGCGCAGCGAUCCCACAACUUGUUGCCGCGGACGUCGCAGCCGCGCGGCCGCGUCGUGCUCCACGGCGCGCCCGACGCGCCGAGCGCGAAGCCCGUCGGCUCCGAGAAGUCUGCCUGCGCCGGGAUCGCGUGGGACAGUCCGCGGCAGCCCGGCGCCGUGGACGGGGAGCCCCCCGAGCUCGCACAGCAGCACGGCGCCGCCCGAGAGCUGGGCAACUCGUCGCCUGGGGCCAACGACUCGGUCACCCUCAGCAGGAGCCUGGGCCUGCCCCAGGUGGCCAGCAACGUGCGCAGGACGUCGACGCUCCAGUAUUCCGGGUCGCCGUCCCGAUCGAGGAUGAUAAACACGCGCGCCAGCGGCUUCUCAAUGCUCUCCGACUGUCUGCUCUCGCUGGACGGCGAAAGAGGCGUGAUCGGUUCCCGCGUGCGCCAGGCCGUGAACAUCGUGAUGAUGCUCAUCGAGCAUACCAGGCAAAGGGUGAGCAAAGAGGAGACUAUGACCAAGCGGAUCGUGAAGGGAUGGGUGUUCAAGACGAUCACCACGGCCGCGAUCUUGCUGAACGCGUUGUGCAUCGGCAUUCAGACCAACUACUCCCUCGCGUUGGCGCUCGACUUCGAGGAGGAUGAGGACGCGGCACAGGCCUGGAUGUGGCUGGAGUGCGUCUUCACGGUCUUCUUUGCAGCAGAAUUGCUACUGCGCGCGGUGGCGGAGCGCAUCGAGUUCCUCAUUGGCAAGAACUGGAAGUGGAACUUCUUCGACACGAUCUUGGUUUCCACAUCGGUCGUCGGUCUGCUCGCUGAGGCCCUGCAGAGCAGCGGCGAGCGACCCCCGGACUUCUCCUUCGCACGGAUGCUGCGGCUCAUCCGCUUCACCCGCGUGCUCAGGCUCCUGCGGGCAGUGCGCUUCUCGGAGAGCCUCAGGCUGAUGAUAUUCGCGAUCCUGGCGUCGAUCGGGUCCCUCUUCUGGAUAUGGAUCGUGCUCUUCUUCAUGAUCUACUUCUGGGCCGUCUUCUUCCUCAGCGGCAUCAUCGAGCACUACACGGACGACUCCUCGGCACAGUUCGUGGCGGUGGAUUUGGUGCGGGUGCACUUCGGAUCCCUGCUCCAGGCUGUCUUGUCGCUGUUCAUGUGCAUCACGGGUGGUCGCGACUGGUUCGACGUGGUCGAGCCUCUCUGGGAGAUCAGCCCUUGGUACACGCUGGCGUUCAGCGUGUACAUCUUCUUCAUGACCCUGGGCGUGCUGAACGUGGUAGUCGGCUCCUUCGUGGACAACGCUCAGCAGGUCUCCAGGAACGACCGCGAAAUGGUGGUGAAGAACGAGAUUAAGCAAGAGAGGGAGUACAUGGCCCGCGUGCGCGACAUCUUCAGCGAGGCGGACAAGGACGCCGACGGCUCCCUGUCGUGGGAGGAGUUCGAGGACUACUUGCAGGACGACCGCGUCGCGGCCUACCUCGGGAGCCUCGGGCUGGACAGCUCCAUCGCCAAGACCCUAUUCGUGCUCCUCGACGUCGACGACACCAACAGCGUGGGCAUCGACGAGUUCGUGGGCGGCUGCCUGCGCCUGAAGGGCCAGGCGCGGAGCAUCGACGUGAACAUGCUGCUCUACAACAGCGAGAAGAUGAUCUGCAAGACGACCGACUCGAUGGAGGCGAUAAGCCGCCGGCUGGACAUGCUCGCGAACCACAUGGGCCUGGAGAGCCCCGUUUGCACGCCGAGGUCAGGCCCAGAGGUGCACGCCAGCGGCAGCAAGCGGCGGCCAAUCGCGCGCGGCGCCACGAACAUCGGGUACAGCCAGGACCUUGCCGGGCCGCCUGGCGACGCGCGCCCGCAGAGCGCGAACAGCCGCCGCAGCGGUCCCUUGGUGUUCAGCCAUCGUGACGCCUCGGUCGCCCCGCACGCGGAUCACAGGCGCGGAGAGAGUCCGAUCCCUACUGGCUCCUUCGACAUGUUGCUCCCGUCGGACUGA